CUCUUGCCCGCUUAGCUGCCCGUCUCUUCUUCUUCUCUCUCUCUCUCUGCACAUCUCUCCACAGACAUCAAUUCCCUUUUUGACUAAAGUUACGCCACCUCCCCUCCCCUCCUUUCUUCCUUUCUUUUUUCUUUCCUACAAGUGAAUCUUACUACAACAACAAGAACUGGGAUUGCUCUCUCUCUCUCUCUCCCUCUCUCUCUAAUUCGCUUGGAUUUUGUAGGGUUUCUGUUCUUGUUUCCUGGUCUGAUCAAGUUCCGUCCUUUUUGUUGUUGUUGUUGUCGUCUUUCUCGAGUAUCACUGGUUUUUGGGGAGGGGGAGAGAUGGAUUUAGAUUCUAUCAAAGUUAUGGAGAAUUGGCAAUCGGAGAAAGCUAAUGAGAGCGACAAGAAGAAGAAGAGGAGGAGGAAGAAGAAGAACGCCAACAAUGUCAGGAACAGUCAAUGUGAUGAACCAAAUGGCUGUUGGGUCAAAUUUAGGUUUAUGGUUUGUUGCGUGCCUUCUACAUCAGACGUUGAUAGCUCUCUCUGUCUCUCUUCAACCACUGAGGGAAGUAAGUCCGCUACUGUGAAAUCAAAUGAUCAACCGGUUGGCCCUGUCUCUUCUACAACUACUACUAGCAAUGCAGAAAGCUCUUUGUCCACUCCAAUGAUCAGUGAAGAACUUAAGAUCUAUUCUCACCUUAAGAAGUUUACUUUCAUUGAUCUCAAGCUGGCAACUAGAAAUUUCAGACCCGAAAGUCUUCUCGGAGAAGGUGGGUUUGGUUGUGUCUUUAAAGGGUGGGUCGAGGAGAACGGAACUGCUCCUGUUAAGCCUGGCACUGGCCUCACUGUCGCUGUCAAAACCUUAAAUCCUGAUGGACUUCAGGGUCAUAAAGAGUGGCUUGCUGAGAUUAAUUAUCUCGGUAAUCUUCUCCAUCCCAAUCUUGUUAAACUGGUGGGUUACUGUAUCGAAGAUGAUCAAAGGCUGCUGGUUUAUGAGUUUAUGCCCCGAGGAAGUUUGGAGAAUCACCUUUUCAGAAGGUCGUUGCCUCUUCCAUGGUCAAUUCGAAUGAAGAUUGCAUUAGGUGCUGCAAAGGGUCUCAGUUUCCUUCACGAAGAAGCUCUAAAACCGGUCAUUUAUCGAGAUUUCAAAACCUCAAAUAUUUUAUUGGAUGCAGACUACAAUGCUAAAUUAUCAGAUUUUGGUCUUGCCAAAGAUGCUCCUGAUGAAGGCAAAACCCAUGUGUCUACUCGAGUCAUGGGCACCUAUGGUUACGCUGCUCCCGAGUAUGUAAUGACUGGCCACUUGACAUCAAAAAGCGAUGUUUACAGUUUUGGUGUGGUUCUUCUUGAAAUGCUGACUGGUAGAAGAUCUAUGGACAAAAACCGACCAAAUGGUGAACACAACCUGGUUGAAUGGGCGAGACCACAUCUGCUGGACAAAAGAAGAUUCUACCGGCUACUUGAUCCGAGGCUUGAGGGUCAUUUCUCCGUGAAAGGGGCCCAAAAAGUGACGCAGCUUGCAGCACAGUGCCUAAGCCGUGACUCCAAAAUAAGACCGAAAAUGAGUGAAGUGGUGGAAGUCCUGAAGCCUCUCCCACAUCUCAAGGACAUGGCUAGCACGUCUUACUACUUCCAGACUAUGCAAGCAGAACGUUUGAAAGCUGUGUCAGGGUCUGGGUCGGGUCGUGGAUUCGGGUCAAGAAACGGGCAACCAGUGUUUCGGACUCUGUCCAGUCCUCAUGGCCAAGCUGGUUCCUCACCUUAUCGUCAUCAGAUUCCGUCUCCUAAGCCUAAAGGUGCAACUACUUAGAUUAUAUAUUGCACUUGCACUCUCAAGCAAACGUCUUUAUUUUUAACAGAUGUAAAAAACCGAUCUAGAAGAUAUUCUUAACCGGAUGAUGAUUUUAAGGAAAGGCAAUUUUUAAAAGAUUUGUUCCGAAGACGAUCGAUCCCAAAGUUGUACGUACGUCUAUUUACCUUUUGUGGCGUUAUGUUUCUUCGUCUAUUGUAUAAAUUGUUUUUAUGUAUU